AUUUUGUUUGAGGACGCUGGGGACGGUGGGAGCAGAUCCAUUUCCGGGUUGGCAAAAGGGGCGGCGGCGGCGGCGGCUAGAAAAGGAGCUUGCCGAGGGGCGAGCGGGACCGGAGGAAGCCGGAGCGAAGGUGACGGAGGACUCGCUCUCGGAGCCAGCUGCGUCCAGGUAUAUGAGUGACCUAAAGCUGCAAAUUAAAGUGGAGAGAGAGCAGUGCCAACUGCGAGUAGGGCAAGGAUGCCAAUUCCUCCUCCCCCUCCACCGCCACCUGGUCCUCCUCCACCUCCCACGUUUAAUCAGGCAAACACAGUGCAGCCCAAGCUAAGUAAAGAUGAGCAGCGGGGUCGAGGGGCUCUUUUACAGGACAUCUGCAAAGGAACCAAGCUGAAGAAGGUGACUCACGUUAAUGAUCGGAGUGCUCCCAUCCUCGAGAAGCCCAAAGGAAGCGGUGGUGGUUGUGGCUCGGGAGCAGCUGCCCUGCAGCCCAAGGGAGGUCUCUUCCAAGGAGGAGUGCCAAAGCUCAGACCUGUGGGAGCCAAGGACGGUUCAGAGAAUCUAGCUGGUAAGCCAACCCUACAAGUCCCCAGUUCUCGAGCUGCUGCCCCAAGGCCUCCGGUGUCUACAGCCAGCGGCCGCCCUCAAGAUGAUGCAGACAGCAGCCGAGCCUCACUCCCAGAACUGCCCAGGAUGCAGAGACCCUCUUUACCGGACCUCUCUCGACCUAAUACCACCAGCAGUACUGGCAUGAAGCACAGCUCCUCUGCCCCUCCUCCACCCCCCCCAGGGCGGCGUGCUAAUGCACCACCUACACCCCUGCCUAUGCACAGCAGCAAAACCCCAGCCUACAACAGAGAAAAACCUUUGCCGCCAACACCUGGACAAAGGCUUCACCCUGGUCGUGAAGGACCUCCUGCUCCACCACCAGUCAAGCCACCUCCUUCCCCUGUGAAUAUCAGAACAGGACCAAGUGGCCAGAAUCUGGCUCCUCCUCCGCCGCCUUACCGCCAGCCUCCUGGAGUCCCCAAUGGACCCUCCAGUCCCACUAAUGAAUCAGCCCCUGAGCUGCCACAGAGACACAAUUCUUUGCAUAGGAAGACUCCAGGGCCUGUUCGAGGCCUAGCGCCUCCUCCACCCACCUCAGCCUCCCCUUCUCUGCAGAGUAAUAGGCCACCUCCCCCAGCUCGGGACCCUCCUAGUCGAGGAGCAGCUCCUCCACCUCCACCACCCAUGGUUCGAAAUGGCGCCAGGGAUGCUCCCCCUCCCCCUCCCCCAUACCGAAUGCAUGGGUCAGAUGCCCUGAGUCGAGGAAAGCCCCCACCUCCGCCUUCAAGGACACCAGCUGGGCCACCUCCACCUCCUCCUCCACCCCUGAGGAAUGGCCACAGAGAUUCUAUUACCACUGUCCGAUCUUUCUUGGAUGAUUUUGAGUCAAAGUAUUCCUUCCAUCCAGUAGAAGACUUUCCUGCUCCGGAAGAAUAUAAACACUUUCAGAGAAUAUAUCCCAGCAAAACAAACCGAGCUGCUCGUGGAGCACCACCUUUGCCACCCAUUCUCAGGUGAAGCCUGGCUCAAUCCUGUUCUUCGGCAAAAGGAUGGACCUUCUCCUCUUCUCACGUGGUCCCUUCCAUUCCCCUGAAACCUGCAUGAGAGCUCCUGACUUAUUUCUCCAGUGCACCCAACCCCUAGACUCCAAGAAUCCUCCCAGCUCACCUCCAUCUAUGCAUCUCGUCUCUGGACUUGGUGAUCAGACUCUGUACCUUGGCAGUCAGGUCUCAAACCCUGCAUUCAUUCCUCCAAUAGCAGAUCUGCUCGCCAGAUGAGAAGAAGCUCCCAUGUCUUCUGCUUUCCUCUCGGGGAAAGGUGCCUUGUUGUGAUGAGUUAACUCAUUGUUGGGGCAGGGUUGAGAAUGGUACUCCUACCUCCUUCAGUCCACUGUGGGGGAAGCUUGACAGGCAUAUUUGAUCAUUUAGGAGGCUGGCAUGGCCAGGACUUUUGGAGGGCAGGGUGGGCAUAUUCGGUGAAACAGAAGAGGAAUUUGCAGACAGAUGAUCUGUUGUAAAGGUCAGGUUUGGAGAAAGGGCAAGGAAAUGGGCCUGCUUUAUUUUUAGGGUUAUUUUUUGUUUUGUUCCCUCUCCCCUCCCAGGGAUAAGUUAAAUAUAAACACUGAAUACUAGUCAAUUGAACUAAACAUCUGAUAAAAAGAAAGGGUAAAAUAAACUGGGGAUCCAUCUAGAGCUAGUCAGUUCCUGUGCAGCUAAGGGACCAGGAGCCAUUUGAAUCCUCUAGGACUCUUUGUCCUAUUUCCUUAGGGUGCUGAGGCUAAGGGAUCAGUGAUUUUUUUUCCUCCUCCUAGUCCCUAUCCUCGCAAGAGAAAAGUUGUUUUUU